AUGCUGAGUGACAAUAACACUGUGAAGCUGAAAAGUGAUCCUUCACCUCCUGUGCAAUGGUGUGAGGUGGCUGCAUGUGAAGAUGAGAAGACCAAGCUGGUUUUUAAAAGCCUUGUUGCACUGUCUGUGGUGGGAGGGUGCUUCCUGUACUUCCUCAAGUUACAUUUUGGCCCUGAAGAAUGUGACAGAACAAAGCUGCCCUACGUGGACCUCGAUCGUGUAAGGAGAGCGCAGCAGUUCACCAGUGCCAUGCUGCAGGAGCAGUGCCGGCCUGCUCACGUGAAGAGGGAGAUGAGAAGGCUGUUUGCAGAGAAAUACAGCGUGGACCUGGCUCCCUUUGUGAGGAAAGCUCUCAGUGAAGAUGAAGCUUUGUUUAAGUAUGGGCCUCCUUUUGGAUUUCACAAGUAUUCUGAUAAACUGACAAACCUCCUUGAGCUCUUACCUGAGCAUGGUUUGCCGGAAGAGUUGAAGGCCAAACACUGCAAGCGGUGUGUUGUUGUUGGCAGUGGUGGAAUUCUUCAUCAGACAGAGCUGGGUCACCUGCUGAAUCAGUUUGAUGUUGUUAUCAGGUUAAAUGAUGCCCCAGUUCAAGGCUACACAGCCCACGUUGGUAACAAGACCACCAUCCGGCUGACCUACCCCGAGGGAGCACCCCUGUCUGAACUCGAGUACCCCCCUGCCAGCUUGUUUGUGGCCGUGCUCUUCAAGAGUGCUGAUUUCAGCUGGCUGCAAGCAAUGGUGAAAAAUGAAACCCUGCCUCUGUGGGUGCGACUCUUCUUUUGGAAGGAGGUUGCUGAGAAGAUUCCUGUUCCCUCACAGCAGUUUCGGAUUCUGAACCCAGUCAUUAUCAGAGAGACAGCUUUGGACAUUUUACAGUUCCCUGAGCCUCGACCAAAGUUAUGGGGUUGGGAUAAGAAUGUGCCUACGAUCGGAGUCACGGCUGUUGUGCUGGCCACGCACCUCUGUGAUGAAGUGAGCUUGGCAGGCUUUGGCUAUGCCCUGGAGCAGCCCAGCACACCCCUGCACUACUACGACAGCCUCUGCAUGGCUGCCAUGAAGGGACAGACCAUGCACAACGUGACCAGAGAGACCAAGCUGCUACAGAGGCUCAUCCAGGAGAGGGUUGUCAGGGACCUGACGGGUGGCAUCCACUGCGAGUUCUGCGGCACUGCCAGCUAG